AUGCAGUCGCAACCAGCCAGUGGGGAAGCCGCCGUGCGCCUCGACGAAGCCCUGUUCCUUGCCGCCAAAGCCGGGAGUGCCGACGACGUGGAGGAGCUGUUGGUGCGGCACGGCGUGGAGGUCAACGCGACCGACCACUUGGGCAACACGGCCCUCCACUACGCGGCGGGGGCCGGCCACCUGGCCGCCGUCCUCGCCCUCCUCGCCCGGCCCUCGUUGCGCCUCAACGCCACCAACAACGCGGCGUGGCGCGGCAACCGGGAGGUGGUGGAGGCCCUUGUCAAGGCCGGAGCCGACACGACGGUGAGCAACGGGGCCGGCCAGCAGCCCUUCGCCCUCGCCAAGGACUCUGCCGUGGCCGCCCUCCUCGAACCCUCCUCCGCUUCGGUGGAGUAUCCCGACGACAGCGACGAGGAAGAAGGCGGCGGUUCUGACUCAGACUAG